AUGGAGAAACUUAAAAGUCAAGCGUCAGGGAUCCAAAAUAUGGGAGUGAUUUUGUUCUUCAUUGCUGGCCUUAUCGCACUGUCUAAAGGUGACGGUGGUUGUAAGGUACUUGACUUUCUUGACUGUUUGAAAAACAAGACUUUCGAUGGUCACGUGAUUAAGUCUUUCAGAAUCUUAGCACCCGGUUUAGAAGAUUGUCAGCACAAAUGUUAUAUAGAAGACAACUGUGUGUCGUACAACUUGGGUCCCGUAGAAGGAAUGUCGAGAACAUGUGAACUGAAUGACGCUGAUCACGUGUCAGACCCUGGUUACGUGGUUUCCAAGGAAGAUUUUGAAUACUGUCCUAUCAAGAACCCAUGUUCUUCCAACCCUUGUUCUCCACGACAGUGGUGUAGCCCUGACUUCUUAUGGGAUACGUUCAACUGCAGUGAUGGAAGGUGGACCCAAUGGAGUCAAUGGUCUCACUGUAAUUGCUCUCAAACACGUAAUCGUGUUUGUAUCUCUCGAAUGAACGCCAAUGUUCCAUAUUCCUGUGAAGGAUCGUCGCUUGAUGUCAAGAAGUGUAAACCUGCAGCGAAAUUCGCAUGUUGUUCUGUGCCACUUGGAAUUCAAAACGGGAAGAUACCUGAUGCACAAAUCACAGCUUCCUCAGUGUUUGAAUGGGACAGUAAAGCUAUGCAACCCCAUUAUGGUCGUCUUCACCGACAGCCAACCAAAGCCUAUGACACUGCGUGGUGCCCAUCUAGCAAAAAAAUUGGCGAGUAUCUACAGAUUGACUUAGGGUCAAUUAAAUGGAUAACAAAGGUUGCCACUCAAGGACAAGAUUAUCCACACUUUCAAUCCCGGGUCACUGAGUACACUCUGGCCUUCAGCAACACUUCAGGCACGUGGGAAGACUACAGAAUCAAUGACAACGACAUAACGCACUUUAGCGGCAAUUUCGACAAAACUACAGUGGUGAGUCAUGAACUUUCAAAACCUGUCAAGGCACAAUACGUGAGAUUUGUCGUGCAAUCAUGGAACGAUUUCCCAUGUAUGAGGGUUGAACUGUAUGGAUGUACAUCUGUAUAGAACCACAUGCACAGCAAUAAGUACCAACGAACUGACGGUACCCAUCAAGACACGAUACAUUAGAUGGAGAGGACACAUAUCGAUGAAGGUUGAACUGUAUGGAUGUACAUCUGUAUACAACCACAUGCACAGCAAUGAGUACCAACAAACUGACGGUACCCAUCAAGACACGAUACAUUAGAUGGAGAGGACACAUAUCGAUGAAGGUUGAACUGUAUGGAUGUGCAUCUGCAUACAACCACAAGCACAGCAAUGAGUACCAACAGACUGACGGUACCCAUCAAGACACGAUACAUUAGUUGGAGAGGACACAUAUCGAUGAAGGUUGAGCUGUAUGGAUGUGCAUCUGCAUACAACCGCAAGCACAGCAAUGAGUACCAACAGACUGACGGUACCCAUCAAGACACGAUACAUUAGAUGGAGAGGACACAUAUCGAUGAAGGUUGAACUGCAUGGAUGUACAUCUGUAUACAACCACAUGCACAGCAAUGAGUACCAACAGAGUGACGGUACCCAUCAAGACACGAUACAUUAGAUGGAGAGGACACAUAUGGACAAGGAGUGGACUGUAUACAUUUAUUUAAUUUCACGCACACGCCAAGGAGUUCCCAUCAAGCACUUCAACAUGAGACUAUGACCUUUCAGGACAAUUGUUAUAUUUAAUUCCGACUGUUUUACAGUUUUAAAAGUCAUCAAAAUURAAGAAGAAACGUAGAUAUGGAUGCAGUGAAAGAACCUAUUUUGUGAAGAGAAGUAAUUGUUGAAUACACUUCGCUCACCAGAAGCCCAAAGUUCGUAUCGCUUUCCUUCGUUCAAUUCCGUCACGCAAAAAAAAAAGCUUCAUAAAAAAGAA